AUGCUUUGCCUAAGAGCUAUUCGUCCAUUCUCCUGGAGAGUGUUUCACUUUCGACCCUUUAGUUUUGAACCAUUUAUUAGUCAGAUGAAUAAUUGUACAGAUGAAGAGCAAAUAUUCCAUCUUAUUGAAAAAAACAAAUCCCUACUUUCAGAAAAACAAGUGGGAUAUGCACUUAGUAUGCUUUGGCAGUUUCAAAAGCAGAAGACCAGCUCUGUAAAAAAUGUGGACUGUAUCAGAAACCAUCCCCAAUUUCUUACUCUUCGUAAUUUAGCUGCAACUAAAAUGGGAUUCAUGAGUGACAGUACCUUGGUGAAUGUGUUAUACAUCAUACAACAGUUUGGUAUUGAGGCCCAUGACUCGUUAGUUGAAGCGCUUGUUACAGAAGCAUGGAGAAGACUGGAAAGGUUUGAUAUUAGUGUGCUGUCAAAAUUUUCCUCUUGCCUGGCAGAUCAACAUUUAUAUUAUAGUCCAUUAAUGGGAAAAAUAGCUGAUAUUGUAAAUAGGAACUUGGAAAACAUACAGGACUUAAGGUCCUUGUCUGUUUUGAUGGUCAGCAUAUCCUCUUUAAUAUCACAGCGUUUUCAAGAGAAAUUAGUGAACAAAGCAGAAUUACUUUUUGACACUAUGGAUUCUUCCCAGGUCAACACUGCAAGAAGAAUAGUACAAUUUCUUCGAAAUAUUAAAUAUAGUUAUUACCCACUAUUAGAAAGGUGUAAUAAAGUAUUUUUGAGCAAUAUGAACCAUCUUGAUUUGGACUCCAUCAGUAAAAUACUUAGUCUAUACCACUCUCUACAGUUUCAUAGUUUUGAGUUUAUUUUAAUGACUAAGAAGAGGCUAACAGAAAUGAUUCCUCUGUUUGACCACCCUGCUAGCUGUGUAAAAUUGUUUGUAGCGUUGGGACCCAUGGCAGGACCUGAAGAAAAGAAACAACUUAAAUCAACUAUAUUAUUCAUGUCAGAGGAGCUGACUGGCCAGCAGGCCCUGGCAGUGAUGGGAGCAAUGGAAGAGAUGGAAAGCAGAAAUUCACGUCUGAUUAAAAAGAUUACUUCAGUUCUGCAUAAACAUUUGGAUAACUAUAAACCAGUAGAGUUACUGAGAAUAACUCAAGCGUUGAUUUUUCUACAUUUUCAAAGUAAAGAGCUUUUUGUGAAACUCAGAGAAUUACUGCUUAGUUAUUUGAAAGUCAGUGUCAUACCUAGUGAGAUUGCCAUCCUGGUCUAUGCUCUUUCGUUGCUUCCUUCUGCUCACCUGGACGACGUGAGGAUGUCUCAGAUUGAAGCAGUUUUGCCACAGUGUGACUUACAUGACCUGAAUAUUUUUGCAACAUCUGUUUUAAGAUGUAUUCAGUAUGAUCACAUGUAUCUGGAUAAUAGUCCUGGGAAACAGUUGAAAAUACUUCAAAAAUUAGAUCACUAUGGUCAUCAGAGACUACAAGAAUGUAAAAGUUUGAAUCUGCUGUGGGAAGAAGUUAAAUCUUUAAAAGGAGACUGGUUUGCUGAUUCACUUCUUGAAGAAACAGUUGUUACCUUACAGCGUUUGAUGGAUGAAAUUAAUUACAUCAAUGUUGCAGGGAUUGCAUCUUUUAUUUCUAGAACCAACAUCCUCAGUACUUCACUGCUUGAUAAGAUAGCCUCAGUGGUCCUUCAACAGAUUGAAAAGAUUCAUCCUUUUGCAAUUCUUGCUAUUGUUCUUCCAUUCAGCACCCUGAACUAUGAUCCACCUCAAAGGGAUGAAUUUUUUGGAACUUGCAUUCAACACCUUAAUUCUUACUUAAGUGUAUUGGAUCCUCUAGUGUUAGUGUUUCUUGGUUACUCUUUGGCCACACUUGAAUAUUUUCCAGAAGAUCUAUUGAAGGCAAUUUUUAACAUCAAAUUCUUAGCCAGAUUAGAUUCUCAACUUGAACUUAUAUGUUCAUCUCUAAAUAUGAAGGUCCAAUUUCGUCUUAUGGAAUUAAAUAGAGCAGUCUGCUUGGAAUGUCCUGAAUAUCAGAUUCCAUGGUUUCAUGACCGCUUCUGUCAACAACAUUAUAAUAAAGAUUUUGGCAGCAUGAAUGGAGCACAACAGCAGAUUUAUAAAAUGUUAGCAGAGGUACUGGGAGGAAUCAAUUUUGUGAAAGCCUCGGUUCUUACACCUUAUUACUACACAAUAGACUUUGAGUGUAUCUUGGAUAAAAGGAGAAACCCUCUUCCUUAUGCAAGCCAUAAUACAACUUUGGAAAAACUGCCAAAAAUACACUUGGAAUCAAAUACUCAAAUAGCUGGAUCAAGACUGCCACCAGGAGCUGAAAAGAUUGCUUUGGAAUUUUUGGAUUCAAGAGCAUUUUGUAGAAACAUCCCUCAUUUAAAAGGAAAAUCUGCUAUGAAAAAACGACAUUUGGAAAUUUUGGGCUAUCAUGUGAUUCAGAUCCCUUCUUUCGAAUGGAACUCCAUGGCACUGUCAACAAAGGCUGCUCGAAUGGACUACUUGAGAGAACGGAUAUUUGGAGAAGGCAAAUCAUGA